UUUUUGCCUAAGGCAUUGUUUGAACAAUGGCGGAGGGUUGCUAAUAUAUACUUCCUUCUGGCUGCUUGCCUCUCCGCCUCUCCAAUUUCACCUUUCAGCUCUCUCAGCAUGAUUGCCCCUUUGGCGUUUGUUGUGGGGCUUAGUAUGGCAAAGGAGGCAUUGGAGGAUUCGCGCCGGUUCCUUCAGGAUGUUAAGGUUAAUCGCAGGAAAGUUAGUUUCCACAAAGGUGAUGGCGAAUUUGGUCUCAGGUCGUGGCAGAAUAUUAUGGUUGGGGAUGUGGUAAAAGUAGAAAAGGACCAGUUUUUUCCCGCUGACUUGCUUCUGUUGGCGUCAAGUUAUGAGGAUGGGAUAUGCUAUGUGGAGACAAUGAAUUUAGAUGGGGAGACCAACUUGAAGGUGAAGAGAUCAUUGGAGGCUACCUUGUCUCUGGAUAAUGAUGGAGCUUUUAAGGAUUUCUCUGGAACAAUAUAUUGUGAAGAUCCAAAUCCCAGUCUUUACACUUUUAUUGGGAACUUUGAGUACGAACAACAGGUUUAUCCUCUUGAUCCUAGUCAAAUACUCCUCCGAGAUUCAAAGCUCAGGAACACGGAUCAUGUCUAUGGAGUGGUCAUUUUCACUGGACAUGACAGCAAAGUUAUGCAGAAUUCUACAAAAUCCCCUUCAAAAAGAAGCACAAUUGAGAAAAAGAUGGAUUAUAUCAUAUACACUCUUUUCACUGUUCUUAUAUUGAUAUCUUUUAUUAGUUCAAUAGGAUUUGUUACAAAGACCAAAUACGAAACCCCAAAGUGGUGGUAUUUACGGCCUGACAAUAUUGAAUACCAGUAUGAUCCUGGUAAAAUUGGAUUGGCUGGGAUGAGCCAUCUGAUUACUGCACUCAUUCUUUACGGAUAUUUGAUACCCAUUUCGCUUUAUGUUUCAAUUGAGGUUGUGAAGGUAUUACAGGCAACCUUCAUUAACCAAGACAUUCAAAUGUAUGAUGAUGAAACUGGGACUCCAGCUGAUGCACGAACAUCAAAUUUGAAUGAAGAGUUGGGCCAGGUAGACACUAUCCUCUCUGAUAAAACUGGCACUUUAACUUGCAACCAGAUGGACUUUUUGAAGUGCUCCAUUGCUGGUACUGCAUAUGGUGUUCGCUCCAGUGAAGUUGAAGUUGCUGCAGCGAAGCAGAUGGCUUCUGAUCUUGAGGAGCAGGACGAGGAGUUCUCUAGUUUCCCCAUGUGUAAGGAGAGAAAAGUGUCAUGGGAAAACACCACAGUAGAUGAAGAAAUUGAACUGGGGACUGUUGUUCCUUCCAAAAAUGAUGAAGAUCAAAGGCCUGCCAUAAAGGGAUUUGGGUUUGAAGAUGAUCGCCUUAUGAAUGGUAACUGGUUGAAAGAACCCGACACCAAUGUCCUUUUGUUGUUUUUCCGGAUAUUAGCAGUUUGCCAUACUGCCAUUCCUGAACUGAAUGAGGAGACCGACAGUUGUACAUAUGAAGCCGAAUCACCCGAUGAAGGGGCUUUUCUAGUAGCAGCUAGAGAAUUUGGUUUUGAAUUUUAUAGGAGAACUCAAUCAAGUGUCAUCAUUCGUGAAAGAUUUUCUGCUUCAGGACAAGUGGUUCAAAGAGAAUAUAAAAUUUUGAAUCUGCUGGAUUUUACUAGCAAAAGAAAGCGCAUGUCAGUGAUUGUGCGUGACGAGGAUGGAAGCAUUAUUCUUUUCUGCAAAGGAGCCGACAGUAUCAUAUUUGAUCGACUGUCUAAGAAUGGAAAAAUGUAUUUAGAGGCUACAACUAGACAUUUGAAUGAAUAUGGAGAAGCAGGUUUGAGAACACUUGCCCUGGCUUACAGAAAGCUUGAUGAACAAGAGUACUUUGAUUGGAAUAACAAGUUUCAGAAGGCCAAGACAGCUGUUGGGCCUGACAGAGAUGCAAUGCUUGAGCAUGUUUCAGAUAUUAUGGAAAGAGAGUUGAUUCUUGUUGGAGCUACCGCUGUUGAAGAUAAACUACAGAAAGGGGUGCCUCAAUGCAUUGAUAAACUUGCUCAAGCUGGUCUAAAGCUCUGGGUAUUGACUGGUGAUAAGAUGGAAACUGCAAUCAACAUUGGGUCAAUCCCAAAAAUUGGUGCUUGA